AAACUGCUUUUUCUUUUGUAGAAGACAAGAAGUUGUUGAGAAUAUGUCUUGUGAAGGGAGAUGCUACUGCAAAGAACUGCUGGCGCUCACUGUUAGUGGACAAAUAUGUUGUCGACCCGUUUACUUUUGAUCAGAUGGAAAAGAAGUUGAUGUUACAAAGGUUUCAGUUAGAGAAUCCAGGACUUGAUUUCAGUGGAGCAACUGUAGAUGGCAAUUAUCACGCAGGAGGUCCAGAGCUCCCGUCCUAAA